GCCGUCGCCGGAAGGAACAAUGAUCCCUUACGCCACAGUCGAAGACGCAUCCCUAGCGUUAGGCCGAAACCUCACAUGGCUGGAGACUCUCUGGUUCGAUUACUCCGCCACCAAAUCCGAUUACUACCUCUACUGCCACAACAUUCUCUUCCUCUUCCUCAUCUUCUCCCUCGUACCUCUCCCUCUCGUCUUCAUCGAACUAUCUCAAUCUACCUCAUAUUGGUUCAAUCGCUACAAAAUCCAACCCAAAGUGAAGAACUCAUUCUCCGAUAUGUUCAAAUGUUACAAAGCCGUCAUGAAGAUGUUCCUUCUCGUCGUUGGUCCAUUGCAACUCGUUUCUUAUCCUUCGAUUCAGAUGAUUGAGAUACGAAGUGGAUUGCCAUUGCCAUCAUGUUUGGAGAUUGUAGCUCAGUUAGUGGUUUACUUCUUGGUAGAGGAUUAUACAAAUUACUGGGUUCAUAGAUUCUUUCAUUGUAAAUGGGGUUAUGAGAAGUUUCAUCAUAUUCAUCAUGAGUAUACAGCUCCUAUUGGAUAUGCUGCUCCUUAUGCUCAUUGGGCUGAGGUUUUGCUUCUCGGGAUUCCGACGUUUCUUGGACCGGCUAUUGCUCCUGGUCAUAUGAUUACGUUUUGGUUGUGGAUUGCUUUACGACAGAUUGAGGCUAUCGAAACUCAUAGCGGGUAUGAUUUCCCAUGGACUCUGACAAAAUACAUUCCAUUUUAUGGUGGAGCUGAGUAUCAUGAUUACCAUCACUACGUUGGAGGACAAAGCCAGAGCAACUUUGCUUCAGUGUUUACUUACUGCGAUUACAUCUAUGGAACUGAUAAAGGUUACCGAUUCCAGAAGAAGCUUCUUCAGCAGAUGAAGGAGGGGUCCAAGAAGAGCAACAAGCAGGUUAAUGGCGGAGAGAAAUUCGAGUAGUAAACCUAAAACUCCUCGCGAGGUUGAAGUGUCGAGAAGGUAAUGAAGCAGAAGCAGACACAGCUUACGUACCGUAAGCUUCAAGCAUUCUACUAAUCUAGUCAAGACUUACAAAUGAAACGGUAGUUAGUUU